AACCACCUCUCCUCUCCCCCCUCGCGCAGCUGCCGGCCGCCGCCCAAGAUUCUGGCGAAAGCAGCCGGCAGGAGCACGCCGGAAGGCCGCCACGCACACGAGGCCUCCCCUCCCUCCCCCUGCGUCGGCGGGCCACCGGAUUUGCAGAUUUGCAGCACUUCAUCGCGGGUCGCCGGAUUUGGCUUUUUCCGGCCGCCGGUUGCUGUCCCAAGCUAUGGAGUGGUCGGGGAGCCUCUCCCACAGCCCAGGCAAGGGCGCAUUGCCGCAUGCAGGUACGGGUUCGUCCGCCCGCCGCCGCCGAAGGUUUGCGGGCUUGGACUCAUCCGGCCGUCCACCGGGCUCGGCGCUCACGCAGCGUCUUUGUGGCAUGCCGAUGCCGCUCAUAGAGUGUGACGACUGCACGCGGAAAGUGCUGCGGCUCACUUCCGGCACGCCGAAGCACCCUGGGUGGGUGUUCUUCAAAUGCGAAAAUGAUGGGGACGAUGGAUGCUCAUUUUGGUUUUGGGAAGGCCAAUACAUUUAUUUGUUGAUAGAAAGAAACUUAAUAGAUGUUAGUGCACUCCUUAGUACAAUCGAAGGCAAUGAUGCGGCUGCAUGUGCAAAUAGAGGGGAAGAAACGUCUACUUCUUUCGAACCAAAGAUGAAGAAAGAAGAAUGCAAAAUCAAGAAUCCACAGAUCAACAACGAAUGCAUGGAGAAGAUAUUAGUCCAACUAGUGGGGGCAGUUAUGGAAGUUGGAAAUCUUCUAAAAUGCAUACUUGUGGUUCUUAUUUUCUUUGGUCUUGCUAUUCUAGCAAAGAUUUGGUGAUGUCUUUUGUAUCCAAUGUUGUUGAUAAAGCAAAGCAAUGCAAUAUGCUAGAUCAAAUUAAGGUGCAAAUUUAAGUUUUGCGGGCCGGGAGAAGUUGCACCAGAUCAGACGCGGCAACCCAACCCGUAAAAAAGCAUAUUCC